AUGCAAUUGAUAGGAUUAUCAUCAUUGGUAUUUCCUUGCCUUGGACCGGGAAGGUCUGUAAGAAUGAAGAUCGUCGAUGCUUCGCCAAAGCUCUCUCUUAUAAUUCGAUUGUGGUUUCUAUCUUUGGUUACAAGGUCGACUGCGAUCGCAAUCGCGUAUCUUACCCAUGUUACCGAAAACUCUGAAUUGUCCAACCAUCAACCUUUCCUAAAUAAGAAAAAAGAAAAAAAGCUCAUGCCGACCUCUUUCACUUUCGCCCGCACCAUGUUUCAUUAUCCAGUCCAAAAUUCGAAUGAAACAUCGAAAAUAUUUCUUGGCGUGGAGACACCACUAAAUUUUUGUGUAAUGUUGAAAUUAAAUCUCGUAAUCGUUGCUCUUAUUAGUAGUGAUGAAAAAAAGAAAGACAUUCAAUGCGAUAGUCUCCUAAAUUGGAAAGGUGCACAAAAAUGUAUCGAUCAAAUCGACUAUCAAUUGUCAAUUCGCAGAUUAAGGCAGUUUUAUCCAAACUGGCAAAACCUUAAUAUCGAUAGUUCUAUGAAUUGUCGUUACUCCGAUGAGACCAAAUGUGUGACGCUUUCUUUUUCUUCCAACGGUUACCCAAUCACUGAUUUUAACUUUACAGGUCAGUCGAUUUUCUACAUUCACCAACGAAACAAUACAUCGAAGAUUGGGUUUUCCAUUGGAAAUAUUAAGUGGCCUUGCGAAGAAUUUCUAGAGAAUUCGGAGCAUUUGGUUGGAUUGCAUAAUAAUCGUAAAGUUCAUUUUGUCAAGCUUGCCCUUAACCGAAUCACGAAAACAUUGAAAAGGAAAAGGAAAGGUCGAAAUAAACGUCGAGGUUCGGUCCAUGCCAAAAUAAAUUAUAAAUUUGAAGCCAAAGUCAAACACGUAAUUCGACAACCGAACGAAUAUAAAGUCAAUAUUUUCUAUGAUGAUUAUGAGCGCAGGAGUCAUGUGGGUUAUGUGAGCGUGACGCCGUCAGACGAAAGUAAAAAGUGCUUUCAAUUAUCUUUAUUAAGAAUCAAGGCUUGGAAGCUUUGUUAUAUGGUUGAUUUAAUAUCUAUACUACCUUUUCAAGCUUAG